AUGUGCAAUGACAUUCCCAAGAUCGAUGCGAGCACACAGGACGAAGGAACGUGGAGACGGCUGAUUAUUGAAAAGUUCAGCAGCACCUUUAUCCCCCCAAACCACCCGACACGCAUCCCCGAUCCCGACAACUAUGUCUUUGCCGGCCGCAGCGAUGUCGACGAAUCUAUCAUCUCCUGGGCGCCCAUGUUCCUGAGUUACCUGGUCGAGCAGCUCAAGCGCCCGCCUCCUCCUUUGCCGCAAGAGUUCCAGAAGACGGUCGACGACAUCCGAUGCCAGAACGACACUGUGGCCCAAUUCAUCCAAGAGUGCGUUAACAAGCAGGCAACCCGAGACCAUAGCCCCGAACGCAUCGCCUUCCACCGCAACGACGUCUGGAACAAGUACUCGAGCUUUAUGCGCAAUCGCAAUAUCAGAAUCAACAGCACCGGACAGGCCUUUAGCAAGUUCUUUGCCAAAUUCGAGGAGCAGCUGGGAAUCCAGGGACGAGACCAUGAGGGAGCCUUCGUCUAUGACUUGGUCGUUACCGCGGCGGUCUGGGACUCGCUCUAG